UCACAUGGAGAUGGGCGUCAAGAAGUUACCUCGCGAGGUGGGCGCUCCGGAGCCCGGUGUAGAAACUCUAUAGCUUCCUGUGCAGAUGAACAGCCGCACAUUGGAAACUACAGACUGUUGAAAACAAUUGGCAAGGGGAAUUUUGCAAAAGUGAAGUUGGCAAGACAUAUCCUUACAGGCCGAGAGGUCGCUAUAAAAAUAAUUGACAAAACUCAGUUGAAUCCAACAAGUCUACAAAAGCUCUUCAGAGAAGUAAGAAUAAUGAAGAUUUUAAACCAUCCAAAUAUAGUGAAACUAUUUGAAGUCAUUGAAACGGAAAAAACCCUCUACCUAAUCAUGGAAUAUGCAAGUGGAGGUGAAGUGUUUGACUAUUUGGUUGCACAUGGAAGAAUGAAGGAGAAAGAAGCAAGAGCUAAAUUUAGACAGAUCGUGUCUGCGGUGCAGUACUGCCACCAGAAGCAUAUCGUUCACAGAGACCUCAAGGCUGAAAAUCUAUUGUUAGAUGCUGAUAUGAACAUUAAAAUAGCAGACUUUGGUUUUAGCAAUGAAUUUACUGUUGGCAGUAAACUGGACACGUUUUGUGGCAGUCCUCCAUAUGCGGCCCCAGAGCUCUUCCAGGGCAAGAAAUACGACGGGCCCGAAGUGGACGUGUGGAGCCUGGGUGUCAUUCUCUACACACUAGUCAGCGGGUCACUUCCUUUCGAUGGACAGAACCUAAAGGAACUGAGAGAACGAGUAUUAAGAGGAAAGUACAGGAUCCCUUUCUACAUGUCCACAGACUGUGAAAACCUGCUCCGACGUUUCCUGGUGCUAAAUCCAGUCAAACGAGGCACGCUAGAGCAAAUCAUGAAGGACCGAUGGAUUAAUGCAGGGCAUGAGGAAGAUGAACUGAAACCAUUUGUUGAACCAGAACUAGACAUCUCGGACCAGAAGAGAAUAGAUAUUAUGGUGGGAAUGGGAUAUUCACAAGAAGAAAUUCAAGAAUCUCUUAGUAAAAUGAAAUAUGAUGAAGUCACAGCAACCUAUUUGUUGUUGGGGAGAAAAUCUUCAGAGCUGGAUGCUAGUGAUUCCAGUUCUAGCAGCAAUCUCUCACUUGCUAAGGUUAGGCCGAGCAGUGACCUCAACAACAGCACUGGCCAGUCUCCUCACCACAAGGUUCAGAGAAGUAUCUCCUCCAGCCAGAAGCAGAGGCGCUACAGUGACCAUGCUGGACCCGCUAUUCCUUCUGUUGUGGUAUAUCCCAAAAGGAGCCAGACCAGCGCCGCAGAUAGUGACCUCAAAGAAGAUGGGAUCCCCAGCCGGAAGUCUGGUGGCAGUGCUGCUGGAGGGAAGGGGAUUGCUCCAGCCAGCCCUAUGCUCGGGAAUGCCAGUAACCCCAACAAGGCAGACAUCCCUGAGCGCAAGAAGAGCUCCACAGCCCCCAGUAGUAACACAGCAUCUGGAGGAAUGACACGGCGAAAUACUUACGUAUGCAGUGAGAGAACAACAGCCGAUAGACAUUCGGUCAUUCAGAAUGGCAAAGAAAACAGCACCCUUCCUGAUCAGAGCGCUCCCGUUGCGUCAACGCACAGUGUUAGCAGUGCCGUCACCCCUGAGCGAAUCCGCUUCCCCAGAGGAACUGCCAGCCGCAGCACUUUCCAUGGGCAGCCCCGGGAACGGCGGACAGCCACGUAUAACGGCCCACCUGCAUCACCCAGCCUGUCCCACGAAGCCACACCCCUGUCCCAGACUCGAAGCCGGGGCUCCACGAACCUUUUUAGUAAAUUAACUUCAAAACUCACACGGAGAAACAUGUCAUUCAGGUUUAUCAAAAGGCUUCCAACUGAAUAUGAGAGGAACGGGAGAUAUGAGGGCUCAAGUCGAAAUGUGUCUGCCGAGCAGAAGGAUGAGAACAAAGAAGCCAAGCCUCGCUCCCUGCGCUUCACCUGGAGCAUGAAGACCACCAGCUCCAUGGACCCCGGUGACAUGAUGCGGGAGAUCCGCAAGGUCCUGGACGCCAACAGCUGUGACUACGAGCAGCGGGAACGCUUCCUGCUCCUCUGCGUCCAUGGGGACGGGCACGCUGAGAGCCUGGUGCAGUGGGAGAUGGAGGUGUGCAAGCUGCCCAGACUCUCCCUCAACGGGGUCCGCUUCAAGCGGAUAUCAGGGACCUCUAUCGCUUUCAAAAAUAUUGCUUCCAAAAUUGCCAACGAGCUCAAGCUGUAACCCAGUCACUACGGUGUCAGUUAAGUAGCAGUUUCAAGUGUUUUCCUGAACACUGAGGGAUAUUCACAACAAUUUCUAGGCAAUAACGUCCACAUCUUCUAAAUAAUGGUAUUAAAGUUUGAGAACGGGCACACGCCUGGGAGCGAGAGCUGGCCUUCUUUCUAUCCACGCACUACAUUAAAGACGGGUCACACAGCCCUCCGUCUGUCCUCACCCCCCUGGUCUGGUCUCCAGCACAGCACCCCGUCCAUGGGUGAGUGUAAACAGUGCGUGUGGGGAGAGCCUGGGGUGGAGCGGGUUCACGUCUCUCUGCAGGAGAUCAUUUGGUGCUAAAACAUUAAAUUUGCCGAGGAGGAAAAUACUGAAUUACUACUGCGCAUUAACCUUACGCCUUGUUGAUGAUUAAUACAGGUUUACACUUCACGACUGUGGUUUUGUGUUUGUUGUUCCGUGGGGUUUUUUUAGUGCAAAAGGUUUAACUUUAUAGUUGUGAACAUUGCUUGUGUGUGUUUUUUCUAAGUAGAUUCCAAGAUAAUUAAAAAUUCACUUUUUCUCAGUAAAA